AUGCUGCAGCAGGGCCAGGGCCUCACGGCGCUGGGCAAAAGCUGGCGCCCCACCACCCCCGCCUUGCUCGGCAGCCACAGGCAGCUCAGCAGCAGCAGCAGCAGCAGCAGCAGCAGCAGCAGCAGCGAUGCCGCCCCGCGCUACCGCGGCAGCAGCUUUGUGCGCGCCCCGCUGGUCAGCCCCUACAAGCGCGCCGCCGAGUGCCGGCGCUGCGGCGGCGCCGGCUCCGUCGCCUGCGGCACGUGCGGCGGGACGGGCCGCCUGGCGCGCGGAGGCUACCAGAAAAAGAACCCAGUCAAUGCGGCCAAAGUGAUAGGCAGCAAGUGGACGGCCAUGGAGCGCACCUUUGGCUGGCGGCACUUCCGUGUGCUGCAGAAGCGGGGGCAGGGGAAGGGCACCUUUGUGCUCAUGUCUGCCACAUGCGACGAAUCUGCGCAGUUCUGGGUCAACCUGCAGAACCUGCGGGAGCGGGACCGCUGGGCCAGCGGCUGGCUGCAAAAGACGGAGAUGCAGGCCCUGCAGCAGCAGCGCCAGCAGGCCGCGGCAGCCGCCGACGAGGGGGUGGCGGCGCCUCGGCCGGGCGUGGCGCCGCAGGGCACGGGCUGCAAGGCGUGCGGCGCCAGCGGCAGCCUGCCCUGCCCCCUGUGCAGCCUGGCGGGGCAGGUGGUUGAGCUGUAG